CUGACAAUGUCAUGUCCCAACAAUGUGACUUCUAACUCCUUUUUGAUGGACUCGCUGGCCGGUACCUGUAGAGGCGAGAAUUAUUCCUCUAACCAAGGAAUGUAUAUGCAGCCUGGGAGCGAUUUCAGCUGUGGAAUGAUGAGAAACUGUGGAAUUAUCCCGUCUCUUUCCAAAAGAGACGAGGUGAAUACCGCCAGCCUGUCUCUCAACACCUAUCCAUCUUACCUUUCUCAGCUAGACACUUGGUGUGACCCAAAAAAUACUUACAGAAUCGAACAACCUGUUGCAAGACAGCUCCCAUCCUGCUCUUUCCCAACCAAUGUCAAAGAAGAGAAUGUAUGCUGUAUGUAUAACGCUGAUAAAAGGGCGAAAAAUGCCACAGAGACAGCCCUCUACCCCAAUCAAAUGCCUGAUUCUUGCCUAAAUGAUCAUGAAGUCCCUGUUCCUAGCUACUAUCGAGCCGGCCAAGGUUAUUCCUCUAUGGAGAAGACGCCAAACUGCAACAAUCCAAAUGAGUUUGAGGCAAGUUUUGACUCCAGGGCGAGUCUGAACCCAAGGAGUGAGCGUCUGGAACAACAACAAGCCCCACCACCAGUGGCUAAAGUGAGUUUCCCCGAAAACACAAAAACAGAUAAUACCCAGAACACACCCACCAACGAAAUUAAAACAGAAACAAGCGCCCCAGCUCCAAAAAUAAGCCCUUCGGAAGCAGAGAAAGACCUGAAUAAAAGCACUGACACCAGCACAGACAAUUCUGACAAUGAAGCAAAAGAGGAUAUAAAGGCAGAAAACACUACAGGAAAUUGGCUGACAGCAAAGAGCGGAAGAAAGAAAAGGUGUCCUUACACUAAACACCAGACGCUGGAAUUGGAGAAGGAAUUCUUAUUCAAUAUGUACUUGACCCGUGAGCGCCGCCUGGAGAUUAGUAAGAGUAUUAACCUGACAGACAGACAAGUCAAAAUCUGGUUUCAGAACCGCAGGAUGAAACUCAAGAAAAUGAACAGAGAGAACCGAAUUCGCGAACUGACUUCCAAUUUUAAUUUUACUUGA